AAUCAGAUGGCCAACCAAAAACUAACACGGUAACAUUUUAUCUUCCAAUCGACAUCGAAACGUAACACUCUGUGCAUUAUUAAUCGUUUUAUUAUUAUCAUAAUAAGUAGUAGUAAAAGAAGAAGAAGAAGAAGACAAUGCGACUAGGCUGUUAAAAAUUCACAGGACUUACUGAGAAGUAAAUGUAUAAAAUAACUAUUUUGACAAAUCUUUAGACACAAAAAAAAACGUUUAUUGUUUUUUGACCAUAAAAAUAAUGUUUAAGUCAUUAUCACUGACAUGAGAUUUUAACUAAUAUGACUGCAUCUGACAGCAACAAAAAGAAACGACCUGUUGCAGAAGGGAUAGGCUUUAGUUGUCCUUUCCGGAAGCGCGACAACAUGGGCAUGAUGGGAAAUUUAGUUUUUCCAAGAAAACCCGCAAACUGCCUUUAAUCAGCUUUCUCUUGCUGGAUCAAAUAUGUAAGUAUAGUGAAAACAUAAGGAUGACAUAUUCCACGUAGACUUCGUGUAAGUAUGAACAUAUUAACGUUGCAGGGGUUGAAACUCAGUUUUUCGACAAAAGGAAAAAGACGGAACCGGACGUGGAUUUCCAAGCAGAAAUUAAAGGAUCAGUAUCACUGCUUUAAAUCCGUGAAAUUGUGGAGUCAGCAUAUCCAGCAGCUGUCUGAACGACAGCGAAGCGUCAACGCGCUGGUGAACAAGAUGAGUCACAUCUGGAUGGGAGGAAGGAGGAGAAAAAAGGUGGAGGGAGAGAAGAGGAGAGAAAAGUGAAGGGUUACUGUUGGUGAGAGUGAGCCUCACUCCUCAGAGGUUUUUUAAAACAUGGACAAUGAACAUCAGGACAAACAACACUUAUUUAUCUGAUGUCGCUGGAAGUAAACAUGAAAAAUGGGUCUCCUGAGAAAGGUAAACCGGUUCCUCGUGGUUCUGCUGAUCCUGAUGGUGUGUUUGCUUCUGCACAGCACUCUGCUCAGAGCCUCAACUCGACCCAAACUCUCAGAUCGCAGGAAGAACGUCGGAAAAUCUGCAGGAGUCCCAGCAGGGAAGGUGUCAGAGGCGGAUGACGUCGUCCCCGUUAUCGUCUGUGCGUCUGAGGAGCGUAUGGGUGCCAGCAUGGCUACAAUCAACAGCGUCCAUAGUAACACAGACGCCAGCGUAUUCUUCUAUAUCGUAACUCUUCGUGAUGCCGUGAAACUGACGAGGAAGUACAUGGAGAAGACUAAACUGAAAGGCAUCAAGUAUAAGAUAGUGGAGUUUAACCCCAUGGUGCUUAAAGGAAAAGUGAAGCCAGAUUCAUCUCGCCCUGACCUGCUGCAUCCUCUCAACUUUGUGCGCUAUUACUUACCUCUGCUCGAAAUCAGCCACAAGAGGGUGAUAUACUUGGAUGAUGACGUUAUUGUGCAGGGUGACAUUAAGGACCUUUUUAAUAUCAAACUGAAUGCCGGCCAUGCGGCUGCUUUCGCUACGGACUGCGACCUUCCCUCCACACAUGAGAUGGUGCGCAGCAUCGGCAUGCAGACGACUUACAUGGGCUUCCUGGACUACAGGAAAAAGGAAGUUAAAGACCUGGGCAUCCACCCCAGAGACUGCUCUUUCAACCCGGGUGUGUUUGUGGCCGACAUCAACGAAUGGAAGAAGCAGAAGAUCACCAAACAGCUGGAGAAAUGGAUGGAGGAGAAUGUCAGACAGAACAUCUACAGCAGUGCGGUGGCGGGAGGCGUGGCCACACCGCCCAUGCUUAUAGUGUUUCAUAAGAAAUACACACAACUGGACCCAAUGUGGCAUGUCAGACACCUGGGCUGGAGUCCAGACGCCGGUAUCAGAGAGCUACUGCAGGGGGCGCACCUGCUGCAUUGGAACGGCCAUUUAAACAUGGAAUUACCCUGCGGUGCAUUAGAUCUGUAGAGAUGGUUCGUCCCUGACCCCUCCGGAAAGUUCUCCUUGGUACGACCGGAGAGUGACAGCUGAGGUCUGCGGAACAUACCAUAUGUAAGCAAUGGGGGACAGCGAUAAAAAAUGUGAUUGUGAAGUUCAGAGUUGAUCUACCUUCAUCAUUGAAGGUGAAAAAAGAAAUGUGAAGUGAAUGUUAGACUGAGAAAAUUGGACUGCAGUACCCAUUUUAAACACUAGGUGUCCGAGUUACAUAUUGCUUCUUUAAACAUCUUCAGAACUUGUUUUCCACUUUUUUCAUCUUUUCUUCGACUUAAAUUCUUUACACACCAACUCAUUGUGAAAAGAACGAGACCUACUUUAGGUCAUUAGCCAUCUUUAAAUAAAGACCAAUGCUGUUCA